UGAAAAUGUGGCAAGUUGGUGUGGCGCUGGCGCUUUUGGUGGUGGUGGUGCAAGCACGUUCCGGCGUGCAACUGCCGCGCAUGCAGAUACAGCGUGUGAAGAAUCAUGUGAAGACCCAAGCGAACAUCAACGCGGAGCUGCAACAUCUACGGGCCAAAUAUAAUGUGACGCAGCAGGCGGUGGCGGCGACGGCGACGAACAUGACAACGGAGCCACUGUCGAACGAUAUGAAUAUGGAAUACUUUGGCUCCAUAACGUUGGGCACACCGCCGCAAUCGUUUAAGGUUAUGUUCGAUACGGGCUCGUCCAAUCUGUGGGUGCCCUCGUCCACUUGCUAUGCCGAGGCCUGCUUGGCGCAUAAUGUUUAUACGGCCGGCGAUUCGAGCACAUAUGUCAGCAAUGGAGCGCUCAUCUCCAUUACCUAUGGCAAGGGCGGCAUGACGGGCCUGCUGGCCCAGGAUGUGCUGCAGAUCAGCGGCUUGACCAUACCGCAGCAGGUCUUUGCCAUGGCCGACACCGAGCUGGACAAUCAGUUUAACGAUGCCGCCUUCGAUGGCAUACUGGGCAUGGGCUAUCAAGCGCUGGCCGAGAAUAAUGUUGUGCCGCCGUUUUAUAAUCUUGUCUCCUUGGGUCUGGUGCCCGAGUCCGUGUUCAGCUUCUAUCUGAAGCGCGAUUCCACGUCCACCGACGGCGGUGCUUUGGUGCUGGGCGGCUCUGAUUCCAGCUUAUAUGCUGGCCCAAUGGUUCAUGUGCCUGUGACUCGCGAGGAUUACUGGCAGUUCCAACUGGACUAUGCCUCCAUAGCCGGCGUCGAGAUUUGCAACAAGUGUCAGGCCAUAGCGGAUACGGGCACCUCGCUAAUUGCUGCUCCCGCGGCUGCCUAUAAAGUAAUUUCGAGCUUGAUAGCUCCUACUGGCUCCUUCCAGUGCAGCGCUGCGUCCCUGCUCUCGCUUCCGGUCCUGAAGCUCACCAUUGGCGGUGGCUGCUUCAAUAUAGGGCCCGAAAGUUAUAUUAUCCAAAACGGGGGCCAAUGCUUGUUGGGCAUCUCCAGCCUUGACACGGACUUCUGGAUCCUGGGCGACGUCUUCCUGGGACAAUAUUACUCGGAGUUCGAUUUGGGCAACAAUCGUUUGGGAUUUGCGUCCAUUACAGGACAUUGCCCCAAUUCAGCGUCUAGAACGAGCUUCUUUUUAUUUUUCUAU